UUGAGAGGGAACGUUAUCCCCAUUUUUCACUGAGGCAUGGAGGGUGAAGGUGAUAGUCGCGUGCACUUCUCGGAGGUGAGCGACCCGUGGUCCAGCUCGCGGCAUGUGGCGGUGCUGCAGGCGCUUGACGCCGUCGAGAAGAAACUGGUGACGGCGUUGCGUACGGCAGCCACAGCCAUGUCGCUCAUGGCGCCACGUGUGGCGUCUGAGGAAAGCUCAUCGCUGGCCUUCAACUCGACAUGUACCGAGUUUCUACAGCUAGUCAAGGAGAUCCACACCGAGUUGGCCAACCACAUCCACUUGGUCUCAGACUACCGCACCUUUGCACGUAGCACCUACGGUGCCGAAAAGGACAUGGAGAUCUGCCGUGAGAAGGUCAAAGUAGUGUCCGAGCAGCUGCAGACAUUAUCGCGCUUCCUCGAGGACCAUUACACGCCCGAGGAGAGCUAACGAGCUCUCGGCUGGGACCUGGAGGCCUCGCAGUAUUAAUUUCACAUCAAGUAGAUUGCAAACUCUUUUUCUAGUUGCUGCUGGUGGUCGUUACUGCUGUCGGUAUGUGGCGGAACUUAGCGAAAUGCUUCUGUAAUUGGACGCGCAAGUGGUGCUCACGCUGCGCCUCCAGGAUGUCCAUUUCCUCCGUCUCGUCGGAGUUCUCUCCUACUCGUGUUUGGACUUGCAGCUAGUACAGAAUAAAAAAAGAGUUCGUUAGACGGAUUCAAUGAGAACACUACCGCUAAUCACACCUCAGGAACGUAGUCGCGUGCUGCUGUCUCGACAUUUUGCUCAAUGUCAUUGAGAAUGCGAUCAGAAUCCGCUUGCUCGAACUGUUUUCUCGGAAAUAAUGGGCGAUACCAUUGGCGCUGGUAAAAUAGGAGAGCAAGGUGACUUCGAUGAUCUUCAUCGCCUAAUAGAAACUCAGCGAGCAUCGUGCCAUC